AUCUGUUCUCACUCUCCCCAGUCCACACUCUCUCAGCCAUGGCCAUCAUCUCUGAUUACCAAGAAGAAGAUGUUUCUCCCUCCUCUUCCUCCGCUCAAUCGCAACCCUCUUCGUUCAGCGCCAGCUUUGAUCCCUCCAAUCCAAUAGCUUUUCUCGACCAAGUCUUCCAAUUCGUCGCAAAAGAAAGCGACUUUCUCGAAAAGGACGCCGCUGAGAACGAGAUCGUGUCGGCGGCGCGCGCUGCCAAGGCCAAGAAGGAAAAGAUCGCCGCCGAAGAGAAAGCGACGGCGGAGAAAAAGUUGAAGGAAGAGAAAGCGGCGGCUGCGACUACGACAACUAAGAAAGAAAAGGAAGUUGGAGCAAAAGAAGAAAAGAAGAAGGGCCAAGAAAGUACUACAAUCGUGCCGAACAAAGGAAAUGGCCUUGAUCUGGAAAAAUAUUCUUGGACUCAGACUCUACAGGAAGUCAAUGUGAGUGUUCCUGUGCCUACUGGAACAAAAUCAAGAUUUGUUAUUUGUGAGAUAAAGAAGAACCAUCUGAAAGUUGGACUAAAAGGCCAGCCACCAAUUAUUGAUGGGGAGGUUUAUCGACCCGUCAAGCCUGAUGACUGUUACUGGAGCAUAGAGGAUCAGAAUACAGUUUCUAUUCUUUUGACCAAGCAUGAUCAAAUGGAGUGGUGGAAAUGUGUGGUGAAGGGUGAUCCUGAAAUUGAUACCCAAAAGGUUGAACCUGAGAACAGCAAACUUUCUGACCUGGAUCCCGAGACUCGUCAGACUGUUGAAAAAAUGAUGUUUGACCAGAAGCAGAAGUCUAUGGGCCUCCCUUCUAGUGAUGAGCUCCAGAAGCAGGAUAUCUUGAAGAAAUUUAUGAGUGAGCAUCCAGAGAUGGACUUCUCAAGAGCAAAAAUAUCAUAAAAUGGUGCUGUGAUUUUGGCGUGUUAUUUCUUUGGUUUUACCUUACAUACAGGGUGGUACCAUUGCCAUGUUGGUCUUUGUAAUGGUGGUACCACUGUUUGCUUUUUUUCCAUCUCCAUGUCUAUCUUUACGGAGUUGUGUACACCAUGAACUUUGUUCAUUAUAGUUGAUAGUUGAUUUUGUGGGUGAAAU